AUGUCGCAACAAGAUGAGCCGCAGCCCGGCGUCACGGCGCGAGACUUCGCAGCUCCUUUGCCACCCAUAAACACAUCAGUUUCAGAGCCGUCCGAACCGCCGGCGCCGGCGCAAGAGACCCCCUCCCGGGCAGCACACCGUGUGCACUACGAAAUGGAAGUUGACUCGAACACUGGCCUUGCCCGUCAGCCGACAACCUCGUCGCGUUCCGUCACGAAACCAGACACAGAGUUGCCUCGCUCUCCUCGCUCCCCCAUCCGUCGUCGAGUUACUCGAGCAAACACAUUCAAGAGCAUCGACGACUUCAGCGAGUUCGAGCACGAAAAAGGCUGGCAUCCAGGUGCUGAGCCUGGAUUAGAUCCAUAUAAAACAGAUGGUGGACGCGCCUCGCUGGUCAAGCUUUCCGCUGCCUGCGAGAUAACCGUCGUCGACUUUUCGCGUGACAACAUCCACGUCACGAGGCUCGAUAAUGACGGUCUCGGGCCUUUCCUGAAGGAACCCCAGCCAAGAUGGGCCAAAUGCCGAUGGAUCAAUAUAAACGGCCUCAGCUGGGAUGUGGUCUCGACCCUGGGCCAGUACAAGCAGCUGCAUAAACUGUCUGUUGAGGAUUUGUUGAACACGAGGAACAGGACAAAAACAGAUUGGUACGCAAACCACGCAUUCAUUGUCUUCACAAUGAUAAAGCUUGUGCGCGUGUCACAUGAGGACUCAAGCAGUGACUCGGACUCGGACUCGGAAAUCGCGAGCCGUACCAGUGGGAAGGGUCGCAGGGGGAAGAAGGGCUCCGGCUUCGCGAAAAGCAUCUCGUCAACGGUCAGGAGCAUGAUGGGGAGGACCAAACAGCAAAGGCGACCUAUCCCCGAGAAGUCGCUCGAAAGUGGGGCCGAGACCUCCAGGUUCCAGCUCCAGUCAUGGGACACCGACCUUUCUACGGCAUCAGGAGCAACGCUCGAAAGAACAGUCCAACGGUAUAAUUCUGGGCCUAACGAGGCGAGAGUGGAGUUCAUGGAGAAGCAUGCUGCUUUGUCCGCUCUUGACCUGGCCGUGAUCGCUGAACAGGUGUCCAUGUUCAUCACAAACGACAACACCGUCAUAUCUUUCUUCGAAUUAUCGGCCGACAUCAUCGAGAAGCCCAUCCUCACACGGCUUUACACGCGAGAUACGGUCCUCAGACAAUCAUGCGACGCAUCGAUGGUCGGACAAGCUAUCAUUGACGCGGUUAUUGACCUUGCGAUCCCUGUAGCUACCACCUAUGGCGACGUUAUCGGAGACCUCGAACUGGACAUCCUGACACGUCCCAACAUCACCCACACCAAGAAGUUGUACAUCAUCAUAACUGAGCUCAACAAGAUCCUGAGUUUUAUAAACCCAGUCAUCAACCUCAUCAACGCACUGCGCGAUCACAAAACGGAGAUGAGUCAAGAAUCUGCUACAAUUCACCUCCAAGACAGUUCAAAGGGUGUCAUCAUCACCCCAAUGACAUAUACAUAUCUCGGCGACGUCCUGGACCACUGCGUGCUGAUUCAAGAAUCUUUGAAUGCUAUCAAGGCUCAAGCGGAUGGGCUUAUCAACUUGAUCUUCAAUACCAUCGCUGCGUUCCAGAACGAAAGCAUGAAACAGUUGACACUGGCCACAAUUUUCUUCCUGCCACUCACUUUUCUCACUGGGUACUUUGGCCAAAACUUCGAACCUUUCGGCGACCUGGAUCGUGGCAUUACAUUCUUCUGGAUGAUCGCUGCACCGAUGAGCUUCGCGACGGUCCUUGUUUUGAUGAGGGAACCGAUCCUUGAAUAUAUCAAGAGCUUCUUAGUUAGACGCUCAAUACUGCGAUCCAGGAAGAACAGGCGAGAUCGAAGUAAGAAGCGCCGCUAG